AUGCGACGAUAUAUUUUGAUAUCUUUGAUCACAUACUUUGCAUACAAAUAUUACACCCAAGAUAAUACUCAAGAUCAAUGCUUUGUUUACUCAUCAAGUAUUCAGUUAAAACAGUUUAUCAAAACAAAUAAUCAAUCAAAUUUUUGUAUUCGAAAAUCAUCACCAAUAAAUUUACAAAAUGCAACAAUUUUAAUGCUUUGUAGAAAUGAAGACGUAUUUGAGGUACUAGAAACAAUUCAAAAUUUUGAAGAUAGAUUUAAUAAGAGAUAUCAUUAUGAUUAUACAUUUUUCAAUGAUGUUCCAUUUUCACAAGAGUUCAUAUAUUUGGUUUCAAAUUUUAUACCCCAUGGCAAAAUCAGUUUUGGUCUUAUACCACAAGCACACUGGAAUUACCCACCUCAUAUAGAUCAAGAUAAAGCAAGAGAAGUUAGAGAAUCAUUUGUAGAUGUACCAUACGGAGAUUCCGAAACUUAUCGACAUAUGUGUAGAUUUUACUCAGGUUUUUUUUAUCAUCAUCCACUAGUGCAACAAUAUCAAUAUUAUUGGAGAACAGAACCUGGUGUGAAAUUGUUAUGUGAUGUGAAUUAUGAUGUGUUUCAAUACAUGCAACAAAAUGGUAAAUUGUAUGGGUAUGUGCUUACAUUAUUCGAAUAUAGUGAUACAAUACCGACGUUAUGGCAAAAUGUCCUUGAAUAUAUCAAACUAAGAGAUAUUGAAGUCAAAGAUAGUUUUGAAUUGGUUAUUAAUAAAUUUGGAUGGUUCAAUUUAUGUCACUUCUGGUCUAAUUUUGAAAUUGCAAAUUUAGAAGUAUUCAAUGAUGAUUAUGAUGAUUUCUUUCAGUUCUUAGAUAGCAACGGUGGGUUUUAUUAUGAGAGAUGGGGUGAUGCUCCUAUUCAUACUUUAGGUAUUGCAUUAUUUCAAAAUAAAUCAUCCAUUCAUUGGUUUGAUGAUAUUGGAUAUUAUCAUUCUCCUUACUUACAAUGUCCACAAGAUUUAAAUACUUAUAUAGAUAACAAAUGUGUUUGUGAUAUAGAUCAAGAUUUUGGAAUUACUGAUCUAAGUUGUAAUAGGUAUUUUAGUUCAGUAUUGGAAGAUGGAGUUUAA